CCCGUGUCGGUGGCCAUGAUGACUCCCCAAGUGAUCACCCCUCAGCAGAUGCAGCAGAUACUUCAGCAACAGGUCCUGUCUCCUCAGCAGCUCCAGGCUCUCCUCCAGCAGCAGCAGGCCGUGAUGUUGCAACAGCAACAACUACAAGAGUUUUACAAGAAACAGCAAGAGCAGUUACAUCUUCAGCUUUUGCAGCAGCAGCAACAGCAGCAGCAGCAACAGCAGCAGCAGCAACAGCAGCAGCAGCAGCAGCAGCAACAGCAACAGCAGCAGCAGCAACAGCAGCAGCAGCAACAGCAGCAGCAUCCUGGAAAGCAAGCAAAAGAGCAGCAGCAGCAGCAGCAGCAGCAGUUGGCCGCCCAGCAGCUUGUCUUCCAGCAGCAGCUUCUCCAAAUGCAGCAACUACAGCAGCAGCAACAUCUACUCAGCCUUCAGCGUCAGGGCCUCAUCUCCAUCCCACCCGGCCAAGCAGCCCUUCCUGUCCAGUCGCUGCCUCAAGCUGGCUUAAGUCCUGCUGAGAUUCAGCAGCUAUGGAAAGAAGUGACUGGAGUCCAUAGUAUGGAAGACAACGGCAUUAAGCAUGGAGGGCUAGACCUCACAACUAACAAUUCCUCCUCGACUACCUCCUCCACCACUUCCAAAGCAUCACCACCGAUAACGCAUCAUUCCAUAGUGAAUGGACAGUCUUCAGUUCUGAAUGCAAGGCGGGACAGCUCGUCACAUGAGGAGACUGGGGCCUCCCACACACUCUAUGGCCAUGGAGUCUGCAAGUGGCCAGGCUGUGAAAGCAUAUGUGAAGAUUUUGGACAGUUUUUGAAGCACCUUAACAAUGAGCAUGCAUUGGAUGACCGAAGCACUGCCCAGUGUCGAGUGCAAAUGCAGGUGGUACAGCAAUUAGAAAUACAGCUUUCUAAGGAACGCGAACGUCUUCAAGCGAUGAUGACCCACUUGCACAUGCGACCCUCAGAGCCCAAACCAUCUCCCAAACCUCUUAAUCUGGUGUCUAGUGUCACCAUGUCGAAGAACAUGUUGGAGACAUCCCCACAGAGCUUACCUCAAACCCCUACCACACCAACGGCCCCAGUCACCCCGAUUCCCCAGGGACCCUCAGUAAUCACCCCAGCCAGUGUGCCCAAUGUGGGAGCCAUACGAAGGCGACAUUCAGACAAAUACAACAUCCCCAUGUCAUCAGAGAUUGCCCCAAACUACGAAUUUUAUAAAAACGCAGAUGUUAGACCUCCCUUUACUUAUGCAACUCUCAUAAGGCAGGCUAUCAUGGAGUCAUCUGACAGGCAGUUAACACUUAAUGAAAUUUACAGCUGGUUUACACGGACAUUUGCUUACUUCAGGCGGAAUGCAGCGACUUGGAAGAAUGCAGUACGUCACAAUCUUAGCCUGCACAAAUGUUUUGUUCGAGUAGAAAAUGUUAAAGGAGCAGUGUGGACUGUGGAUGAAGUAGAAUACCAGAAGCGAAGGUCACAAAAGAUAACAGGAAGUCCAACUUUAGUAAAAAAUAUACCUACGAGUUUGGGCUAUGGAGCAGCUCUUAAUGCCAGUCUGCAGGCUGCCUUGGCAGAGAGCAGUUUGCCUUUGCUAAGUAACCCUGGACUGAUCAAUAACGCCUCCAGUGGCCUCCUGCAGGCCGUCCAUGAAGACCUCAAUGGUUCCCUGGACCACAUCGACAGCAAUGGGAACAGCAGUCCGGGCUGCUCACCUCAGCCACACAUACAUUCAAUCCAUGUCAAGGAAGAGCCGGUGAUUGCGGAGGAUGAAGACUGUCCAAUGUCAUUAGUGACAACAGCCAAUCACAGUCCAGAGUUAGAAGAUGACAGAGAGAUUGAGGAAGAGCCUUUAUCUGAGGACCUGGAAUGA